AUGCGGCUGUUGUCCUUGAAACGUUGUCAAAGUACGACUGUGGAGCUCAAACGCAAGGAAACUGUCGUGGACGAAAGAACGGACUUCUCCGACCGCGACUCUCUGGAGUCUUCGUCGAGACCCUGCGGACUUGAAACAUACGACCGUAAACCCACGGGCUAUGGCCCCAACGCGCGACGGCCCCACAACCGCGGCAUCGUGGACGAGUGCUGCUUCCAGAUCUGCGAGCUGCGGCGCCUGGAGAUGUACUGCGCGCCCGCCAAGACCAGCAAGGCGGCGCGCUCCGUGCGCGCCCAGCGCCACACCGACCUCCCCCGAGGGGCCAAGGUCGCAGCGAAGGACCGCCGGACGGCCGCGCAGCAGCCGGACAAGGCCAAGCACAAGAGACCUUUAUCUGGGCAUAAUCCUUCAUCCUGCAAGGAGGUGCAUCAGAAGAACUCAAGCCGGGGGAACACUGGAGGCAGAAAUUACCGCAUGUAGAGAAGAAGGAGAACCAGAAGAAGAAGGAGAAGGAGAGGAGGAGACGAGCCGGCGAACACGGAGGGAUAACGCCAGUGGAGCAGAGUGGGAGAGAAGGGAGUUGUCUGACGCGACCCCCAACGUGCAGCGCCUGUCGCCUGUCACUGUCAGGAACAAAAGGAGGAAGAGCGAAGGGAGGAGGGGACUCCGACAGCACGACUACACCAGAGACUCCCGCGGGGCUAAGGGGGGCUUAUGAGGGGAUGGCUACACUGCACCACACCACUUCUGCAAGAGGAACCGGGCGUUGAUGCAACGUCAAACAAAUGUAGUUUAGCUGCUGAGACACGCAAAGAAAACAAGGUUUUCGUAUACCUCUCCAUGUAUAAGAAAACCCCCCUCCC